AUGUCGUCUCAAGCCAGCUCUGAACCCCUCCAAAUUUACGAGAUAUCCGACUUUAAGUUCCAAAAUGGCUCUACACUACCAAAACUCAAAGUGGCUUACAAGAUCCUCAACCCGCACAACAGCAAGAUAGCAGUUGUUCACACGUGCUUCAAGGGUCGUAUUGACACAACCCUCACGCACGCCGACGCCGCUCUGGAGAACCAUAAGAUCAUCCUCAUCGCCCUUCUUGGCAAUGGCGAAUCUUCUAGUCCGUCAAACACGCCCAGCUUUCCCAGUACCAUCGAAUACAUGGAUUGCAUCAACGCUCAGUACCCUCUCCUUACCCAAGAACUUGGUAUCAAAGAAGUGGACGUCAUGCUAGGAUUCUCGAUGGGGGGCCAGAUCACUUAUCAUUGGAUAACUGCCCAUCCUGAUUUCGUCAAGCACGCCGUAAUCGUCUGCUCAUCGGCCCAAACAAGCAGACACAACUACCAAUUCCUCGAGGGGCCAAAAGCAGCACUGGAGAAUGCAAAGAGCCCCGAAACGGGUCGUAGGGCAUUCGCAAAAGCGUACUCGGCAUGGUUAACAAGCGCCGAAUGGUUCGAUGAAGAAUGUUACAAAGCAAUGGGCUUCCAGCAACUGCGGGACUGGGACGACAACGUCACGAUACAAGGCUAUGAAAGCUGGAGUGGUGACGAUCUCAAGGUUAUGUUGGGAAUGUGGCAGCGUGGGGACAUGACUCGAUGCACCAAAGCAGGAGACCUUGAGUCGGCACUAAAAGGUAUCAAGGCAAAAGUUUUGCUGAUGCCCUGUGAAACAGACCAGUAUUUCCGGCCAUAUGUCAGCGAGAGAGAAGCCAAGAGUUUGGAAGAUGUAACGGUGGAGAUUAUCCCGAGUAUCUGGGGACAUAUUGGAGGUGGCGGGGCGAAUCCGAAAGAUGUGGACUGGAUGGAUCAUCGCAUCAAGCUGUUUUUGCGGGGUUUGGUCUGA